AUGCCUCCAGCUGUGGGCAGGAUGCAUCCCUCGCACAUGUCGAACCCUUUCGCGCACCUCAAUCCACAACAUUCGAUACCGCAGACCUCUCACUACCAAUCGCAAACAUCGCACUUACCGAGCACCAUCAACUCGCACCACGCAUUUGGUAACAGCGCAUUGAAUGGCGGCAUUUCACCUUUCAACCCAAGCUCUCCGUACGGUACAUCUGCAUUCAGUGCUGGCGGAGGCACUUCUACCUUCAACGGCGGUAUGAUGGGCGGGCAAGGACAGGGACUAGGGUCGGCCGCAGCGCAAGCCGGCUUCGCAAGAGGUGCAGCGAUGCAAGAACAUGGACAUCAGAUGGAAGCAUCGGGAAUGGCUAUCAAGACUGGCGCAGCAGCAAGGAUACGAGAGGUCUGGCGACACAAUCUAGAAUCUGAGAUGCACCUACUGCGACAGCUGGUGCAAAAGUACCCCUACGUUUCGAUGGAUGCCGAGUUUCCAGGUAUCGUUGCGCGACCCAUUGGCAACUUCCAAGGCAGCAAGGCGGAAUACCACUAUCAGACUUUACGAUGUAACGUCGACAUUCUGAAGCCUAUCCAGGUUGGCAUCACUCUAUGGACACCGGAAGGCGAACUUCCACCCACGCAAGACUCAAGUGUCUCUUCUUCGAUGAAUGGCAGGCAAACGUACGGCAACAAUCUACUCGGACAGAACAUCCCUUGCACAUGGGUCUUCAACUUCCAGUUCAAUAUCGACGAGGACAUGUCGUCUGAUUCAUCUAUUGAGCUGCUCAAGUCGAGUGGUGUUGACUUCGGGCGGCAUCUCGAGCAUGGCAUGUCACCCGAAACCUUUGGUUCACUGCUCACAACGUCUGGCCUAGCCUUCAAUCCUGAUGUACACUGGCUCAGCUUCCAUUCCGGAUACGAUUUUGGCUAUCUCAUCAAGCUGCUCUCCAACGACGCGUUACCCAUGGACCAGACCGAGUUCUUCAACCUGGUGAAGAUCUACUUCCCCAAGCUGUGGGACAUCAAGUUCCUCCUGCGACACGCUCAGCGAGUGCGUAGUACCCAACGACUCUCCGAGCAAGCUGCGUCUGUGGUGGAUGCUCUUGGUCAGAAGUCUGGUCUUACAGAUCUUGCAGAGGAGCUGGGCUGUACCCGAAUCGGACAAGCACACACAGCAGGCUCCGACGCCUGGUUGACUGGUCAGGUAUUUUGGGCGAUGAAGAGCAAGAUCUUCGGUGGACAGCUUGACGAGACCCUGGCCGAUCAGAUUUACGGUCUCCAUGGCGUCGCGGCUCCUGCGAGUCAGCAGUACCGGGAGGAGUUCUUCGCAGCGCAAAGCACACCAGGACAAGUGAAUGGUACUGGCGGCCUGGCUGGCUUAGGGGGUGUCAAUACUCUUACACCCAAUAACCCAUCAACGCCGACCACCCAGCACGCCGGGCUCAACAAUCAGACACCGGGGCCUCACUACGGCGCUGGCUUCGGGAACUUCCAGUAUAGCAAGUAG